UGUGAGCGUAGAUACUAUGGCUGUGAACAAUCUGGAUCCGUAAUAACAGCAGUAAAACCGAAUAGGGGGUUAAACGCAUUUACGCGCGAGAUAGCGCUUACACAAGUUAUAGUUUAAUUGAAAUUGUGAUUUUGUUCUAAAGCAAAUUGACAAAAUCGUACUGUUAACCUCCUGAGACCAGGAGAAGAUGAGUGAGUUCAAAGUUCAUCAUCAUGUCAGUGAAUUGAUGAAGCAUUUGGGAGUUGCCCAGAGGUCUACUGAUGGAGUAUCAGCUGAAUCCUAUGCUGAUCUGUUAUUGAAGAACAGAACACCAAAUGUAACCACUAAGAUAUCUUCCAUGGCUGCCAUGAGGAAAUUGGCUGAAAAAUCCAAAGAUUCAGAUGGUGUUCUUGAAAAAUAUGAAAACCUCAAAGCUAAAAAUGUUCGUGAAGUGGACCAAGUUGUGUAUUUGUUGUCGCAAAUAAAUUAUGAUGAAAAGACCAAACAGUUUCUAAGGAAAAAUGCUGAAUGCAAAGCAGAAUCCCAGUCAAGAAGAGAUGCAUUAGCAGGUCAUUUUGAAACCUCUGAUGUUAGUCUGACCAAAGAAGAACUUAUAGAGUUAAAAAACAGGUUGCAACGUGAAGCUUCUGGUGGCUAUGGGUCAGCCAUGAAAUCUACAAAAGAUUCAACUUCACGCAAAAAUACUGGAUUUCCUGUGCUGCCAAGCUGGGUAAAAGAAAGACCCUUCAUGACCUGGGAUUUUGUGAUGGAUUCUGACAUAGAAGAAAACAAGGUCAGUCCUAUUGGUUCUUUACCUGUUCCAUCCCAAGAAGAACAGCUAAUUGAAGACCUUCUUUUCUGCCUUGGGGGCAUUGAAGGUGAUCUUAUCCUCAGCAAGCCUCUUGUGGAUCCAUAUGGACCUCGUACAUUUGUUAUUGAUGAGAGUGCAGAUCCUUCACUAAGGGAACUUUUAAAGAGAAUUUUACCUAUUUGCAGUCAUUACUCAGUUGUUGUUCGAUUUAUUGAAGAGAAAUCACAGUACCAGUAUGGCCUAGUUAACCAAGCUCUAGCAGCAGCCAUGAGACAGCUCUUCAAGGAUUAUUUUGUGCUUAUUGCUCAAUUAGAGCAUCAACAUCGUCAGCAUGCACUGUCUCUUCAGAAAGUCUGGUUCUACCUCCAACCAAGUUUAAGAACAAUGGAAGUCCUAGCUUCAAUAGCAAAUACAAUUAACAAGGGUGACUGCUUUGGAGGAAGUGUCCUCAGUGUCUUGCAUGAGCGAACUGCAGCUUUAACUGGUGACCCUAAAGCACAGGACUUAUGUUUUUAUCUUACCCAAGCUGCAUGUGUCCCCUAUUUUGAAAUUUUGGAGAAAUGGAUUUACAAAGGGAUAAUUUCAGAUACCUACUCAGAGUUCUUGGUUGAAGACAAUGAACUAGUUAAAAAAGAAGAACUGCCAGUUGAUUAUAGUGACGAUUACUGGGAAAAACGCUAUACUAUUAGAAGGGAAAGGAUUCCCACUUUUCUUGGAAGGAUAGCUGAUAUGAUAUUACGGACUGGGAAAUACCUGAAUGUGAUUCGUCAGUGUGGAAAUGACAUAAAGUUUCCUGAUGCUGAGCAUAUCGUGUACACGGUCACAGAAAGACAGUAUGUGGAAAAGAUUGAGACGGCUUAUAAAUUUGCAAGUAAAAAGUUAUUGGACCUGCUGAUGGAAGGAUCAGACUUAAUGGGUCGCUUAAGGUCUGUAAAACACUACUUUCUGAUGGACCAAGGAGAUUUUAUUGUUCAGUUUCUGGAUAUGGCUGAGGAAGAGCUGGUCAAAGAUAUUGAUGAUAUUAUGCCAACCCGUUUAGAGUCACUUCUUGAGCUUGCUCUUCGAACUAGUGUGGUGAACUCAGACAAAUAUAAAGAUGAUAUUCGAGUAGAGUUAUUGCCAUAUGAUCUACUUUCUCAGAUGUUCAAGAUCCUUAUGAUUACCAGCAAUGAUCAGAAAGACUACUCAGAACUUCCAGAAAUGCCCAUAACUGGUCUAGAAGCUGUUGCAUUUGAUUAUGAAGUCCAGUGGCCUCUUUCUUUAGUUAUCAACAGAAAGGUGCUGGCUUGUUAUCAGAUGUUGUUUCGCCACCUGUUUUAUUGCAAGCAUGUGGAAACAUUGCUUGGAAGUGUUUGGACAUUGAACAAGGUAGCAAAAUCGUUUAGCCUGAAUGCUUCAUGUUCCUACGCUUCAGCCUUUGCUCUUCGACAAAGGAUGCUAAACUUUGUACAGAAUCUAGAAUAUUAUAUGAUGUUUGAAGUUGUUGAGCCCAGUUGGCAUGUCUUUCUCACCAAGAUGCAUGAGGUAACCAAUGUGGAUGAUGUUCUUCAUUGCCAUGGUGAUUUUAUUGAUAGCUGUCUGAAAGACUGUAUGCUGACACAUCCAACACUACUUCAAACUGUGGUUAGAUUACUGAAGCUGUGUGUGUCUUUUAGUGGUUUUAUGAAGAGGAGUCACAAACAUGCUGUGGAAGCAGAACUUUCUAUUUUAGGAGACAGCAUGCUCUAUUCAGUUGCAGAAGAAACUGGAAUUCAGGAAUCUUCCACUCAGUUGGUAAUGGGUCAAGAUAGCUUCCAACAGCGAAUUUCCUCUUUCCACUAUGAGUUUAAUGACAUGUUGUUUCAGCUUCUGGAAAUGAUCAGUGACCAGGAACGAGAGAACUAUAGUGAGAAAAUGGUCAAUAUGUUGUAUAGAUUGGAUUUCAACAACUUCUAUUCUCAAAAGAUGGACAAGAAAAACCAGCAAGAGAAAACAGGUUCAACUUCUACUAGUAGGGAUUAGUCAGUGUUGUACAUGUAUUAUGUAUGUAGACCUUGUUAAAUUUUAAUAUUUACUUUUCAUUUCUCGUAAGAAUAAUGUGCAAGCCACAGAUUUAAUGUAUGUAUAUGUAUUAAUGUCUUCCUGACCCUGUCUCUUGAAGACAUUUAAUUUAAUAAAUGACAAAUUAUCAACAAUG